AAAGAGGGAGGGAGGAAUGCCUUUUCCAGGGGGGGGCGGGAUCUUGUGACUCACCAGCAACUUCCUCAGUAGUAGGACAAAAGUAGCCGGCAAGCUGCACCCCUCUGUGCUGCAGAGUUUUCAUGACAAGCAGAUAAAACUGAAGGUUUCGCAGCCGGAGAGCGACGCUCCUGAGCCUUUUUCUGUGAGCUGAUCCCUGUGCUGACCUGAGCGGCCGUGUGCUGACGGGGGGAAGGCGGCUGGCUCACCACCACAGCAGCCUGGAAAGGUGCCUCCACUCUUCACUCAGUCUGACUGCUUUGAAGGAAACUACAAUGGCCGACCGGUUUGACUGUGACAACUGCAAGGAGUCCCUGUACGGCCGCAAGUACAUCCAGUCGAAUGACAGCCCCUACUGUAUCCCCUGCUACGACAGCCUGUUUUCAAACACGUGCGACGAAUGCAAGGAGCUAAUCGGCCAUGAUGCAAGGGAGCUCUUCUACGAGGACAGGCAUUACCACGAGCACUGCUUCCGCUGUUUCCGCUGCGACCGCUCGUUGGCAGAUGAGCCGUUUACCAGCCAAGAUAACGCCUUGCUCUGCAACGACUGCUACUGUAAUGAAUUUUCCUCCAAGUGUGUAGCCUGUGACAAGAUAGUCAUGCCAGGCACAAGAAAGCUGGAAUACUCUGGCUCUACAUGGCACGAGGGCUGCUUCAUCUGCCACAGCUGCGAACAGCCUAUCGGCUCCAAGUCCUUCAUCCCUGACAAAGACGAGCAUUACUGCGUUCCCUGCUACGAGGAGAAGUUUACUCCACGGUGCACGCGCUGUAAAAAGGCUCUGUCUAAAGGUGGCGUGACCUAUCGGGACGAGCCUUGGCACAAGGAGUGUUUUGUCUGCACCAGCUGUGAGACCCAGCUAGCUGGUCAGCACUUCACCUCCAGAGACGAAAGGCCUUACUGCAUCAAGUGCUUCAGCAGCCUAUAUGCCAAGAAGUGUGAGGCCUGCAGCAAACCAAUUACAGGUUUCGGUGGAGGGAAGUACAUCUCAUUUGAGGAUCGUCAGUGGCAUCAGUCAUGUUUCACCUGCUCUCAGUGCUCCGUCUCACUCGUGGGUGCCGGUUUCUUCCCAAAUGGGGACAAGAUCCUGUGCCGCGAUUGCAACAGCAACCUAUAGAGCUACUCUUUUCUCUUGUAGUCCCAUCCCACCGUCAUCCUUUUUUUUAAUUGUUUUCUUAGCAAACAGGAAGAUAACGGGCUAUCAAAUGGUGCCUCAGGUCAUUUUUAUAAAAAGACUUGUUUUUUGCUCCCAAUUGUGCAAGAUUUUCCUUUUAGAUGGAGAAAACGUGCCGCAUUGAUUGCAUUACCCACAACAAAGUUUUUUGUUUUUAACCAACAAAUACGUUUAUGGAGUGCCUUAUUAACACUUGUUUUCUACAAAGUAAAGAAACUUGGUUGGUUAAGAUUUAAAUAUCCCCUCGGGUACAGGUCAGACUGAGGGAUGAACAAAGAAAACUGAUGCAGUAUAGGUUAUAUGUCCAGAUUUUAGUUAUAAAUGGGGUGAAGUUAAUGUUUUGAUGCUCUUAUAACUGCAUUUGGAAUGCUACUUUUUCUCACAUCUUUUUAUCUUUAAUCUUUUGGACUUUUUACAUGUUGGAAAAGUUACUGUAUAUAUGUCACAGAUAUAAAAUGUGGCAAAAAUUGAGCAACUUUAUAUAAAUUGAGAUGUUAAAGUGACAGAAUGAAAAAUAUUAGUUUUCGUUUUUGGUGGAACAAAGCACUUUGGAAAAGAGGCUCUUUUGUCACCAUAUUACGUGCACAUAAAAUUACAAACAUUUUUCUUUUUCUUGUUUAUCUGCCAAUACUGAACGUCACAAUUACGCUUAUUUCACACAGUCUUUUUUUUUAAUCUUUUUACGGCUACUUGAGCCCCACUGUUCAAAACGCCAGCAUUUAUAACCCUAAAGAAGCUAAAAACUAAUGUGCCUUACAAAAAUGUGCAUGUCGGUGAAUAUUUUGUUGCUGUCAGUGUUCCGUCUUUUCAUGCAAGAUUAAUCAUGUAUGUAAAAAUAUAUAAGAAAUAAUUAGAAUUUGUUUAUUUGGGCUUUGAUGCUGGUGAGUCAGAGUUGUCAGAUAUACUUUAUAAGAUGUAAAGUAGCCCCUCAUGAAAACAGACCUAUGGUAUUAUUACUGUAAAUCAGUUGAUGACUGAAAAAGCUGAAUGGCUACUUUUUUUCAAAGUCUUAUUAAAUAAAUUGACACUGAUCUUUGCUAAGCAGUUUUUUUUUUCAUCCUGUGUGAAACAUCUAUAAAACAUCUGCUGAUUUGUGUUUACAGUGUUAGCUGGAGCAAAAGCUCUUUGGGGUGUUUAAAAUGUCUUUCUAGGAAAAAAAAAA